GAUCUGAAUUGUAUCCACGUCCCACAAACGGCACAAACACAAAUUAGUAAUUACGCUCAUUCUGAACUCUGAAGCAAGAAGCAAUAAACGUUCUUUACUUGAUACUAAAGUUACUUAACAUCUGAACAUUCUUAUAAACUCUAGAACCAUGUCAAUGUCAAAGUUUCAUCAAUUGUCUUCAUUUGUUUACAAACAACAGAAAAACUUACGUAUGAUGUCAACAUUGUGGUCAAAUGUUCAGCAAGGACCUCCAGAUGCUAUACUCGGUGUAACAGAAGCCUUCAAACGUGAUAAAAAUCCACAAAAAAUUAAUUUGGGCGCUGGUGCAUACAGGGAUGAUAAUGGUAAACCUUAUGUAUUGCCUAGUGUAGUUCAAGCUGAAAAUCUGUUGGCAAAAAAAAAUUUGGAUAAAGAAUAUGCUCCAAUAAGUGGCUUAUCUGAUUUUUGUAAUGAAGCUAUAAAAUUAGCAUUAUCUAAUGAAUCCCCUAUUAUUAGUGACAAACACUAUGCUUCAGUUCAAUCUAUAUCAGGAACGGGUGCUCUAAGAGUUGGUGCUGAAUUUCUUUCAAGAUAUGCUCCAUUGAAAACUAUUUGGGUACCUACUCCCACCUGGGGUAACCAUAAUCAGAUAUUUAAAUUUUCUGGAUUAGAAGUUAAAUCAUAUAGGUAUUAUGAUCCUAACACAUGUGGACUUGAUUUUGCUGGAAUGAUUCAGGACUUAUCUUCUGUUCCAUCGGGUUCAGUAGUUAUAUUACACGCAUGUGCUCAUAAUCCAACUGGUGUUGAUCCAAAACCAGAACAAUGGAAAGAAUUAUCCACAUUGUUCAAAAGUAAAGGUUUAUUCCCAUUUUUUGAUAUGGCUUAUCAAGGGUUUGCUUCAGGAAAUGUUGAUCAGGAUGCUUUUGCUGUUCGUUCAUUCUUAUCUGAUGGUCACCAGAUUGCUUUGGCUCAGUCAUUUUCUAAAAACAUGGGCCUGUAUGGAGAACGUGUAGGAUUGUUUUCAUUAACAACUUUGAAUAAAGAUGAAGCAGACCGUAUUGUAUCCCAAUUAAAGAUAAUUGUACGUGGUAUGUAUUCGAACCCACCAAUACAUGGAGCUAGGAUUGUGUCCGAAAUAUUAUCCAAUCCUCAGCUAAUGAACCAGUGGUUGGUUGAAGUGAAGGGCAUGGCAGAUAGAAUAAUAUCAGUCAGACAUCAAUUAAAAGACCUUUUAAGCAAGGAAGGCUCUAUAAAAAAUUGGGAUCAUAUAACAAAUCAGAUAGGAAUGUUCUGUUACACUGGACUCAGUAAAGAUCAGGUUAAAAAGUUAAUUGAUCAGCAUAGUGUAUAUUUAACAAAUGAUGGUCGCAUAUCGAUGGCUGGUGUUACUUCUAAAAAUGUUGGUUACUUAGCUAGUGCAAUGCAUAAAGUUACUUGUACUUAAUUAAAAAAAUAAAUAAUAUCUAUAGAUACAAUGGUAUGGUAAUCCAUAGAAAAUAUUACACCUACUUUCAUACUUUGUAAUCAUUGAUAUUAUAUUUUGUAAUUCUUUGUUUUACUUAAAUGUAUUUUAAUUCACAUUUUAUUUUAUAAACAUGCAUUAAAUAAUAAUACUACCUAUUGCAUAAUUUUUGUGUUAGGUUACUGUCAAAUAAAGUAUAAUUUUAUUGACUAUUA